UCUACUGGUCUUACCCGCGUGUGGCAGUUUCAGUAAAACAAUGGCAGCUCGGCACGGAAGGAAAUGAACAUGGUGUUUUAAAACUGGACAAUACGUUUCAAAGCGCAAGCGUUAAGUUGUUACUGGUUGAAUAGGUUUUGUACGUUUUUCGAGAACGCUGCUGCGCUGUCUGCGGCCGCGAGGAGACCAAGGUGAAGCCGAUUGUGUCCGAGCGUUCGCAGGAAGACACGGAGGAUACUAUUAGCCGAGGACGGCCGGCAAAUAAAGAUGACCGACACCGGAGAAGCAGCAAGUGUUCCCAGCUCCACCGGCCUCGGAAGCGGGACCGUGCCGAGUUUCACAGCGGGCCGAAGGCUUCCAGGCCGGGUCAGGAGUCUCUCCUCCCCCGCUCCAUCUGCCAGACUGACCUCACUCAGAACCAGGGACCUAACGCUGGGGGGAGCUUUAAAAAAAACAAAGAAAACCUUUGAGCCAAACGUCCAUGCUGUGAGAAAAAGCAAAGAUGAGUUAAAGGAGGAAAACCACGUGUUAUUGAGGAAGGAGAGACUACAGAGGGAUAAAAGUAGGCGAGAGAACAGAGGGAGGAGGAGAGAGAGGCCUCAGACCAUCCAGUGUCACUCCAUCUUUGAGCAGGGUCCUGCCGACACUGUUCGCCAAACAGGCUGCCGUGGUUCUACAGACCUGCAGGACGCCGCCACCUCCCCCAUGUGUAAACUCGUAAAGAAAGAGUGGAGAGACUCUGAGGAGGAGGGUGAUGCUGAAGAGGAGAUACUUAAUAAAUUACAGAAGGAUGAUUUCAUAGAUGACCCCUUUCUGAGGAACGAUGCCAAGUUGAAACCCAUCCAGCUGCCUCUGUGUCAAACCCUGAGUGCCGCCACAAUGCGUCCAGAGAACCGCUCUACAUUCAAACCCUCAAGCCACAGCAGAACAAUGCUGCCCAAAACAGAGCAGCCAUCGGUGACAGAGCUGCUGCAGGAUCUCAGCUUGUCUGGCAAGGAAGAGCUCUUUUUUAUGCAGCUUCCUGAUAGUAUGCCGGGCAGAGAUUCUACACAGGAGACAGACACCUCUUUGGGAACAACAGUGAAUAAAGCUGUCAAGAAGGAAGGCAAGCCUGAAGAGAAGAGACCUGCACAUCUACAUCCCCAGGAGGCUGUGGCGAAAGAGGGCCGUCCUGUGCUCUCUCAACUACCAGAGGGAUUUCUGGGUAAACUGCAGAUCAGGAAGUCAGGAAAAGUGGAGCUGAAGCUAGGACACAUCGUCAUGGACGUCUCUGAGGGAGCUGCUUUCUCCUUCCUGCAGCAACUGGUAUCUGUGCGUCUGUCUGACGGUCGAACUGGAGAGAUGAUGGUGUUAGGCAACGUCCAGCACAAACUGGUGCUGUCUCCUGACUUCCAGGUCUUACUGAAACAGGCUGCAACGCAACAGCAAGACCCCUGAUCUCCUGUCUCCCAAUGCACAGACGACUCUUUGCAGGACUCCCGAUCUGAUGUUUUGUUCCCACGCCAACAGAUCAGUGUGGAGGGAAGCACAGCUAGUUGAAGGCGUAUUACACCAGCUCUCCUAAUUUGGGCAGCUAUGUUGGUUCCCCUAGUCACUGUUUUGGAUCUUUUCUACACUUUGCUUAGCUGAUGACACCAGCAAGAGAUACCCCAGCUCCACGUGUUAGUGAAAGAUUGGCAUCAGGAGGACCUUCACAUUGAUAUCCGAUGCCCUCUUUGUACAGAAACGUAGCUGGUUAUCAUUAGGCACAAAUUCCACUCUUUUAUUCAAACAAAACAAUAAAUCAAUUGUGGUUGUGUUAGUCUGUCAAUGAGCUAACUGUGCUCUUUUAUUUAUUGUAAUGUCUGUGGUUCAAUAGACAAAAUGGUGCAAAGUAAAAGUAUAUUCCUGGACUGCUGUACAUGUGGCUACACUGAUGGCCCUGUUAAGAUCUGGUCAUAUGUGGUAGAACAGCUUUCUCCUGUGUCAGUCAGAGAAGAACCUUCAGAACACAAAGCUGAUCUGAUCAAAAAGUAGGAACUGUCAUUAAGAGUGCAACUGCAAUUUUGAGCUGGAUUAUAUUUUAUGUAUCUGAUGUUCUUUUUCACAUGCAUUAUUUUGUUGUAAUCUUGUAAUGGUGUUCUAUCCUGGCCAAUUUCUGGUUUAAUAAAAAAAAAAGUAUAACAAAUACAA